AUGCAGAAUGAUGGGGAUGAAAUCAGAUACCGUGGUGUGAGAAAGAGGAAAUGGGGAAAAUAUGUUGCUGAAAUUAGGUCAGGAAAGAGAUCGCGCAUAUCGCUGGGCUCAUACUUCACUCCUCAAGCUGCAGCUCGAGCUUAUGACGCUGCGCUCUUGUGCCUUCGAGGACCCAACGCAACGUCUUUCAAUUUUCCAGACUCGAAAUUCAACUCAAUUGCAACACAGGUGGCAGGUGCGCACACGAAUCCUUCAGCCCAAGUUAUUCGAGCAGCUGCCAUUGCGGUUGGAUCGAGUUUCGACAUAAAUCCUGGCGGCGAUGAUGGGGAAGCAGGGCCUUCAACAGCAGCGGGUGCGAGCGUUGAAGAUAUACCAGCGGAAGCUUCGAUUCAAUCCAGAGAAGCAGUAAGGGAUGAAACGCAUCAUAUGGCAGAAGCAGAAGAAAGUGAUCUAAAAUAUCUUUUAGAAUCUCCAGAACAUAUAUCAUUUGAGGAGAGCGUUCAGUUGCCUCCAUUUCAGGCAGAUUUGCAGGUCGCAAUUGAGCCCCACAAUCAAUCGGAGCUUUUUCCAUAUUCAAAUACUUCGGAUGCCUCGCCAAAGCCGCUUCCAUAA